AUGGCCCCGUCGCCCCUAGCCAUGGCCCCUCGCGACCUGCCGCCCCUAACCGCGGCCCCUUGCAACAUGGUGGGUGAGGGGGUGGCAAGAGGGGGUUCCUCCUGCCCGCGUGCCCUACAGUCGCACGCGCAGCUCCGCCCCCGCCCCCCUCCCCUCCCUCCAUGGGGAUGCAGUGGGGGGGAGGGUAUGGGGGUGGCGGGUGUGGCCAACCUGCUGUCGCCCGAGCGGCUCCUGCACCGCCCCUUCUCCUACCUCCCCCCUGCUGCGGGUGCAGCAGUGGGGGGGGAGGGGAUUUGCGGCACCAGCCCCCCCCCCCCCCCUCUCCUACCUUUUCCUGCUGCGGGUGCAGCAGUGGGGGGGAGGGGAUCUGCAGCACCAGCCCCCCCCCCGCCCCCCCCCCCUCCCCCUUCUCCUCCAUCCCCUGCUGCAGGCCGCCGUGUGAAGAUCAGUGCAGGGACUAUUGUGGGUGGGGCAGGGGCUGGAGGAAGGAAGGGGGGGAAGGGGGGUGAGAUACAAGGGGGCAGCUGA